UCAACAUGGCGGCGGUGGACGUGACGGUGGAGAGGCUGCUGUCUCUGUGGAGGACGCCGGCUCUCAGGCUCUACUUCCCCGGGAUCUUCGUGCUGCUGACGGUGGUGGGCUCCGGGCUGAAGGAGCUGGAGCUCGUCCCGGAGACAUAUUUCAGCAGCAGCAGGAACCUGCUGAACGUGUAUUUUGUCAAAGUGUCGUGGGGCUGGACGCUGCUGCUGCUGACGCCCUUCGUCCUCCUCUCCAACUCCUCCUUCAGCAGGAGCGCCUCCUUCCUCGGCCGGCGGCUCCUGUCUCUGGCGGUGGCGACGGCCGUCUGGUACGUGUGCACGGAGACCUUCUUCUACAUCGAGGACGUGACCGGCUCCUGUUUUGAAACCUCUUCCAGGGAGGUGGUGAACUCGGAGCUCACGACCAAAGUGGCCUGCAGGCGCGCCGGCUUCCACUGGUGGGGCUACGACAUCUCCGGACACUCCUUCAUCCUGUGUUACUCCGCCCUCUUCAUCGUGGAGGAAAUCGCUCCCAUGGCCUCAGUGAAGACAGCUGGACUGUCUCCACUGCCCAGGUUGGUCCUCAACCUGCUGUACGUGGCCUUGAAUGUGAUGGUGACCCUCUGGGUGUGGAUGUUUGCCUGCACCUCUGUUUACUUCCAUGACGUGUUUCAGAAGUGGCUGGGGACCACGUGCGCUCUGCUGGCGUGGUUUCUCACAUAUCGGGUCUGGUAUCUGAACCCGCUGUCACCAGGACUCCCCCCUCAGCGCCACCCGAAGGAAAAGAAGCAACACGCCUGAGCUGCACGCAAACUCUCCUGUACCACAUUGUUUCUAACGCUUCCGACACACUACAGUUGAUGUUCUGUCUCCAGGUCCAGGCUGUCGCACUACUUUAACUUAUAGAAAGGUCAUCUUGUACAGGAGUGCCGGCUGGUAGCUCCCCCCCCCCAGUGUUUGGCAGCUGCUGUUCCCAAAAUGACUCCUGGUAAUCUGAGAUAAAAACAAAACGCUGCUUCCUUUGCCCAGCUUCUCACAUUCAGCCUCUGUAGCUGCUCUCAGACCUGCACUGAACUCCAGAUAUUCUCCUGAAAUUAUCCAGAGCGACUGAAUGUGAGAACGCACAUGUCCGAGUCAGCUGCUGCGGACGUUCUCCGGAGUUUGUCAGCCCCCCAAAAGUAAAAUCUCCAGAUAAUGAGUGAGGCCCAUGUGAGGACACAGCAGGAGAUUCUCCGGAGGAUUCAUCACGAGUCUCCUGCGCCUCCUCCCACCUGACCUCUCUGGAGGUUUGUGUCGUGUCUCGAGUGGAGAAUCUCCUGCUGAAUUCCUCACAUGUGAAACAAACUCCAAAGAAAGUCCGGUUGUGCGGACGUUCUCCGGAGAGGUUCUCACGCUGGGUGAUUGUUAGUUUGUUGCCUUAUAAUGUUCUUUCCUCAUAGAUGAGUUAUCACAGUUUUAACACAUGUGAAAAGUUGGAUCAGCCACGUUUCAUCCUCCAGGUUUUAAUGAGCUGGUUUCACACUCACAUGGUUUGAAGUUGUUGUGACUGUGUGUUUACAUUAUGUUUAAAUUGCAUAUAACAAGAUAAUUGAACUGUAGUUGUAGACCAGCCCUGCAAGUACAACACAUUAUUAAAAUACUUCAGAGGACAAGGCUGGAAAUAUUCAGUUAGUAUUAUAGUAUUAAAUUAUUUAGGGCUGCAUCGAACAAGUAUUUAAACAAUCGUUUAAAAAUAUGAAAUAUGAAUAAUCAAAAUGUCACUAUUCCAAUGGUCCAAAAUCCAAAGAAAUUUAGUUUACCAUCUGUUUAUAAGAGAAAUAUAAGGUGAUUUAAAUGAUAAAUCAAUUGUUAAAACAUUUGCAAUGUUAUUUUCGUGUCAAGCAGCUUCUUGUUUCAGCUGAAAUGUUUCUCAUCUUUAAGUAUAAAGUAGUAGAAGUAUUAAAAAACAAGCUAAGCUAAGCUAAUUCCUCUCUGCCACAGACCUCCAUUGUUUUCCACGUUGAUGAUGAAAAACCACGGUGCUCGGUUGUUUUAGAAAAAUAGUUUUAAAGACUUGAACUUUAUUUGCCAAACGUGUUCAAUAGGAACCAUCGAGCUUCAGAGACAGAAAGUGUUGAGACACAUUUAGUAAAUUCUGCCGAGGAGCUUUUCAUCUGCAUUUGUUUAUUCGUUAGCGGAAUAACGCAAAAAACUACAGAACUGAUUCCAAUGCAACAUUUUGGAGACGUGGAGCUUGACCCAAUAAAGAAUCCAGAAAAUGUC